AUGGAAUCGGCCGAAAAAGAUCGGGGCGAGUUCAGCGCCAUCAGUUUGAACGAUACCGCGGUGUCAGUGACGACUGUCGAGGAUAUAUUCCGCUAUGACAUUUCUGUGACCGCUUUGCUGAUUAUUGCUUACGCCGUGAUUUUCGUCAUGGGUCUCAUCGGGAACGCGUUUGUGCUCGGAGUCGUGUUUCGGACGCCCCGGAUGAAAACCACCACUAACUAUCUGCUGGUGAACUUGGCCGUGGCCGAUAUUCUCGUGCUCCUCGUCUGUGUCCCGGCCAAUCUCGUAGGGAAUAUUUUGCUCCCUUGGAUUCUCGGGAGAGUGCUCUGUAAACUCGUCGCCUACCUUCAGAGCGUGACAGUGUGUGCCUCGAUAAACACUCUAGUGGCGAUUUCCGUAGACAGGUACCUGGCCAUCUGCUAUGAUCCCCUUCGUUGUCCACUAAGCCCGCAUCUUAUGAGACACAUUAUGGUGAUUUGGUCACUCGCUUUGUGCGUCAUGAGUCCUACACUCAUCUAUCAAGACAUCCAUUUUCAUAGCGAUCAUGACGUCGCCAUGUGUAUAGCUGUAUUCCCCAGUGAAUUGGCGGAACAAGCCUUCUUCAUAAGCGUGGUGCUAUCUUGUUACGCGAUUCCCCUAUUGCUCAUUGUAUUGUCGUAUAUGUGCAUUUUCAACACGGUGUGGAGGAGGUCAGCCAUCGGGGAAAACUCCUUGCCUCAACUCUCGCGGACUGUAGGUUCUGCUGUUUUGCAGGUUGACAAUCAACGUGCCUUGAUACAGAGGUCGAAGAUCAAAGUUGUCAGGAUGAUCUGUUUCGUGGUCGUGGUUUUUUUCGUCUCCUGGGCCCCUCUGUAUCUGCUGCAUGGUUACAUCACGCUGGUCGGAUACCCACACAAGGACAGCGCCCUGGGAGGAUUGGUUUUCAUGCUUUAUCCUGUCGCUCAAUGGCUCGGACUGGCGAAUAGCGCCGUCAAUCCGAUGGUUUACGCAUAUUUCAACAAAAAAUUCCGACAUGGUUUCGUCGCCAUACUCAAGAGUCGGAAAUGUUGUGGACGUUUACGGGACGACAUCGUGCUCGCAUCUCGCUCAAGAUCCAGCUCUUAUCCUCUCUCCACAUAUUUGACCAGGAAGUGUACCGUGGAUACGAACGAACAUACGCAGAGGAACAAUAUCGCGACAGACUGUCUAUGA